UUUGAGCUCCCUAGAAUAUACGACUUUCCCCCCUUUUUCACCGAACAGCCUAACUUGGACACUUAUCAGUCCCAGCUUGAACAGUGGAAAGACGUGAUAAUGAAAUACUGCGAGCAUCACAAAGUGUGGGCGCUGUCUAUUGUGGGGAAGCCAAUCAAUUCUGAGAACAACGAUGCCGAAGACGACGAUUUUUCCAUCUUCAAAAACGACAAAAUCAAGAGAACUGCGUCUAAUGAGUUUAUUGCAAAGAUUUACGACUACCUCAUCGAGCAGAAGUCUGCAGAAUGGAUUGACCCGAAGAGUAGGAAUCAUGGGAUUCUCAUCUACUGGCAUUCGCUCGAAGAAUGGUCGCAGCUUCUGUACGAUUGGAUCGACAACACGGGACAGCAGGGCACGAUUCUGACGGUCUACGAGCUCCGGAGAGGCGACCUGGCGCUCAACCGGGAGUUCUACGGCAUGAACUACCACAUGAUGGUGCGUGUCCUCGAGAAGUUGGUCAAGCAGGGCAAGGCCACCAUCAUGAAGGACGACGAAAACAACAUCGGCGGUGUCAAGUUU